CAAAGUGCAACGCUGACUUCUAGGCUUGCCAUAGAUCAGCACCGCGUUUCUAGUAUCGGAAAAUCGGAACUAGUGCACUAAAUAUAAACUUUUAGAUUUAUAAAUAGAGUAAAUUUUUUUUUUUAGAAAUAUUUAUUUAUAAGUAAAAAUAAUAAUAAAUAGAGAGAGGAAAUUUAAAUUUUUUUUAAUACAUUAACAUUAUUUAUCAGUGUAGUUGGAAGUUAAAGAAUUACAUAAUUUGUGUCUCUAGAAAUAAAAAUGUGCUAAUUAUGGAAUUAAUUUGAAUAAAAUGAAAUUAUUCUACAAUAAGCGUUUUUUUUUUAAAACAUUGUGGAUGUGUUUUUUGUGCUCCCAGUGAUAAAAAUAAUUUUACAAUACUAAAAAAAUGUAAUGUAAAAGAAAAUAGUUUAAAAAGUAUCAAUUUUAUAUUUUCAUUUUUUUUUAUUUUUUGAAUAUAUCAUAAAAACAGGAGUUUCAAUUUUUUCUCAUUUUCACUCGUCUUCUUACUAAUCAGCAAGUUCGUCUUUUGAAUUCUCAUUCGUUGAAUAGACUGAUGUCCUACUUACAAGAUACGUAUGCAAAAAGUGAUCGUAUUUUUAACAAGAAGAGUAAGAAAAAGAGGAAGAAGAAGAAGAACGACACGAAUUUCACCAGCAAAAGCAAUAGUCUUGGGCGUUUGGAGUCAAAAAGUCUUUUCUCUGAAUUCUUCUUAUCCUAAAGGGUUUCUAUGCCUUUAACAUCCUGCGCGAAGGAAAAAGCUUUCUCUAUAUAUUCAAAAAGCUAGAUACGCUCCAAUUUCAACGAGAGAAAUGUUCAAGAUUUUCAAAUGUGAUUGUGAUAGUGCGUCACAUCUUUAUUUUUCAUCAUGAAACUCGAAUGUACCACGAAGAAAGAUUUAUAGUAUAACUUCUCUAAGAACGGUGCUUUACUUUAAGGGAGUUUCUACUCGGGUGGAGUUGAGUUUUGGGUAAGGUUGCACAACUAAAGUACUGACUGACCGAUACUGAAACAUCCUGCUGAAUUGCCAGUUUGGUACAAGGUUGAGUAGUACCGAUCCCUGAGUGUGGACGAUGAUGAAGAGAUGCCGAAGUUUCAUCUUUGGGACACACGCUCCUGUACCACGAAUUCCACACAGCAUAUUCCAUGAAGGAUCAGUGCGGAGCUUAUGGCAAUGCUCGUCAUCUGUCAUAACCUCAUAACUGUGGAGAGUGGAGGUGUGUGGUGGUGUGAAUUCAACGUCGAGGGCUUGAAUCGUCAUGUCGAGGAAACUCAAAAUUAUUCGUGUAUAGAAGUGAAUACGGCAAUGAAAAUGCACCCAAGUUCCGUAAAAUCAAAGCAUUGGCAUUCCGACAAACAUGAACCAUUGGACAGACGAAAAAUUAUGUCAACUUGUUAUUUUCUAUUCGCGUUUCAAUAAUCUUUGGGAUAAGGAUCAUCCCUGCUAUCUUAAGGCUCAAUGUAGAUAUGAUGCUUAUGAAAAAAUUAGAAAAAGUCUUUCCACGCCCGGUGUUACGGUCAUCCAUGUGUUAUCGAAACUCUGGGACUUGCGAAACGAUUAUGUGGCUGAGUUGCGCAAAGUGCAACUUGAAAAAAAGCGGAAUUCUCUCUAUCGACCGAGGAAGAAAUGGUUUUAUACAAUGCAUCAAUUUUUGUAUCAUCACCUCGAUUCGGACGAAAAACCCAGCGAAAAUUCUUGCGAAGAAGAAAAUCUCUCGGAAUGCUGUGAAGACAAGGUGAAGGGAUCAGACAUAGAGAACGGUCAUUUCAGUAAAUCGAGACGAAAGUUGUUCCAGGAUUCGACUUUCGAGGAACUAGAGAAGAAGACCGAUAAAUUUUUGACUAAAGGAAGCAAAAGAGGUCAAUGUACUUCAUCCUCCUUUUUCAAGUGCAGACACCAAGACCAGGAAUAUCGCUCCAACAACUUACAAACGUCCAAGUUAUGGGUACCAACUUCCUUAGAAUUACGAAGGUCAACACCAAAACCUACAUCCUCGGAGAGGGAAGGAUUUUCUUGCUGUUCAAAUUGCUCGUGUUGCAGUAAAACCCCCAACUGGGAAAAUCCAAACAUUUCAGAGAAAUUUAAUCUACUGAAUUCCAAUAACGAUUUAAAAGAAUCCAAGUGCGGAACAUGCAAUCAAAUUGAUCAUCUUGAUGAAAAAGAAAGACAAUAUGAAUUUGAAGAAACUGUCAUUGUCACUUCUUCUGAUUCUCUAUGUAGUGAAAAAAACAAUACUUUUGAAGAUAACCAAUUAAAUAAUGUUCGUCGUGUUCUUUGUCUCGAUGAACUUAGUGAUCAUGUAACAAAAGCUUUAAAUGAAAUGUUUAUGAAACUUUGUCCAGUUGAUAUUGCUUGUUUUAAUUCUUAUUGCUCUAAUGAAACCUGUAGAGAUGUAGAAAAAAAUAAAGAAGAGAAAAGAAAGAGCACGUCUUCAUCGAAAAAUGAAAAAAGCAAUUUCAGUAAUCCAGACAAUAGUUCGAUUGCCGAAGUGACAAAUGAAAAAGAGAAUCGACAAUCCGUAAAUUCUUCUCAAGACAAAACUACUUCAGUCGAAGAUGACAAUUUCAGCCAGUUCGGAACGGAAGUCGCGAGACUAUUGAAGGAAUCAAACAGGGAGAAAGCGUUGAGAUUGAAAGCAGCGAUCAAGCAAACUCUUGAGUCUGCAAAGGAGGAAGGUUAAGAAGCAAAAUCCUUGUGGUAAGAAAAUCGAAAGGAAUUGUCUUUUAGACUUUCAUACACUUGAAAUUCAACAACUUAGAAAAUUUAAACUUCAAACAAUGAUCUUUCUUGAGAUUUGAUUUAUAAAGUACUUAAACAAAAUUUUAAUUAAAUUAACAGAUAUUUUUAAAAACUAUAUUAAAAAGUAUUCUUGCGGUUGAUGUAUAGAAAAUAUUAAUAAAUUAAAGUGAUAAAAAACA